AUGAUCAAGACAGCUUUCCAGGGCACACCAGUUUCUCUUGCUGGCCAAUUCGUCAAGGUCGGCGCUAAGGCUCCAGCCUUCAAGCUCACAAAGGGCGAUCUUUCCUCUUUCACAGAGAAGGAUAUCAACGGCAAGUAUGCAGUCCUCAACAUCUUCCCAUCCAUGGAUACAGGUGUUUGCGCUGCUUCCGUCCGCAAGUUCAACAAGCUCGCCGCUUCCCUUCCAAACGCAGUUGUCCUUUGCAUCUCCAAGGAUCUUCCAUUCGCUCAGGGCCGCUUCUGCGCUGCUGAAGGCAUCAAGAACGUAGUCCCACUUUCCGACUACAAGUACACAUCCAAGUUCGCUGAGAAUUAUGGUGUCCUUAUGGCCGACGGUCCACUCGAGGGUCUUCUUGCCCGCUCUGUUGUCGUUGUUAACCCACAGGGCAAGGUCAUCUACAGAGAAAUGGUUCCAGAAAUCGUUCACGAACCAAACUACGAUGCUGCCAUCGCUGCUAUUAAGAACGAAUAA